AUGACAAACGCACUUGACCUAGAACCACCCGCAGACAACCGCAAGCGAUGUCGACCAAAUGACGAUGAGGAGUCCAUCAGCGAAGAAGACAUCAAUGCGAUUGUCACUAUUCUGGGAAAUCAAUUGCUCAUUGUUAAAAAAUCUAUCAUGACAGAAAAAGAAUCGUAUACACCAUCUGCUGCUGUCACUUUUUUGCUCCGUAGAAUGGAUGUAGUGGAUCCGCAGGAUGCAAGAUCCACAGAGAUCUACUGCUUGAUGACAGCUUUCAUGACAGUCUAUUUAUGCUUUAUUCGAGUGCUGAUCCAACAGCCCGAUUUCGGCCGUUUCAUGCAACUGUUCAACGACCACGACUCGCUACUGAAUCAAGAGACACAGCCUUUUUUGUGGUUUUAUGCAGUGCACCACAUGUCAAUCGUGGAUGAUCUGGAUAAACAAUUAUCAACGUCAACAAAACAUGGUGCCAUGGCACACAUCGACUCCAUCUUCUCCAAAUUCUAUACGCAGUAUUUUCUAGAAAUGUCAGCAGCCAAGCACCAAAAGGACCAUGGACAAUAUUACACACCUCGCUCUGUGUUGCGCUUCAUGUGGGAUCGAUGCGCCACUGUAUCGCAAUUGAUUCAGUUACUGCAACGCCAACAAACAGGCAUGUGCCGUGUAUUUGAUCCCUGUCUAGGCAUCGGCUCUUUUCUGUGCGAAUUCCUGACGCGAUUCAUCAAAGCAUGUCGAUUCACUGUAUGGGGCGAUCCUCAACGACUGACACAAUUGUUACUGCAAGAUAUCCCUGACCAUAUAUUCGGCAUUGAGAUUGACCCCUUUGCCUACCAACUCUGCAAAAUGAAUAUGAUGGUGCACUUGUAUCCCUUGUAUCAGCGCUUGUGCGAACUGGGUAUACAGCUACCACCGCAAUCUGUUCACCGUUUAAGGUUAUUUUGCAAUGACACCUUGAAGCUCAACGUGGAAUCCAAUCCUUUUUGGAAUACCGAAACCGCAGAUCAGUUUGAGAAGUAUUGGCUGGAUCAAUUGCGUGACACUUGUAAAUUAAAAUUUGAUUUUAUCGUAACGAAUCCACCUUACAUGAUUCGAAAAACGGGUUUUAUCACUCAACCAGAUCCAGCCAUUUACGACGAGUCGAGACUAGGAGGCGCCAAACUCUCUCAAGCCUAUUUGUACUUUAUGUGGAUUGCUUUACAGCGGUGUGACGACACACAUGGGCAAGUGUGUUUAAUCACGCCUAGUCAAUGGGUGGUGCUGGAAUUUGCAGAGCAGCUAAGAUCCUGGAUCUGGGAUCACUGCAAACUACUCGACAUUUACGAAUUCGAGCCCUUCAAAGUGUGGCCCAAAGUACAAACCGAUUCGCUCAUUUUUCGCCUAUGCAAACGCACAAGCUCCCUACCCAGCUCCAAUCAUACCUUAUACCUUCGCCAUGUCGGCAAAAACAUGUCCCUAAUGCAUCUAUUAGACAUCUAUCACAACUUUAGACCCGAUCAGAAGCAAUCCCAUACAGACAGCUCACUCAAAUACAAGCAUACACCGCUAACAGAGCACAACAGACAACUCAAGACAAAGCAUUCCUCAUUUUCUUUCCUAUUGCCAUCCGUGUCCUUUUUGGAUCAACUGGAAAGCAUGACACAACAUCUGGGACGCAUUUGCGAUAUUGAUCCAGCAGCCAAGGUAACUACUGCAGCACCUUUAAUAUGGAAUCGAGGGCCCAAUACAAAUCCAGUGUAUUCACUCGUUGUGCGUACAGCGUGGGCAAGAGAAACAUUUGGCAAGGAAACAUGCGAUCGAUGGUUGAAGCCUUGCUUUUACUGGAACGGCAAAACCAUCUCAUCAGCAACAGGGGGUGGCAAAGAAGGCGAAUUUUGGAGACACAGAGACCCUUUACGGCUAGGAAAAAAGGAGACAUCCGCCGCUGAAGCAUACACGCCGUAUUAUGGUGUGGACGUGCCAUGUUACUCUAUGAUUUUGGUAAACAAAGAAGACGUAGACAAGUUGAAAGAGGAUUUCAAUAACAAGGGCCCUUGGUCUGCUUUGUAUCUCUAUCUGCGCGAUGCGCGUGUUGCUCUGCAAGCAGACAAGAAGGAGGAAGACAUUGCCAACUGUCAGUACAACAAGUGCGGUUUAGUGCCUGUCAAGAUGAUACAUCCCAUCAACUGUGGCUACUUUACACGAUCUCAACCACGACCACGCUUCUUUAUCGAUAGACACGAGAUGACAGUGACAAACCAGUGCAUCUACUUUACCAUCAAAUCCGAUUACCCCUGGCAGGAUCCAGAUUACUAUUGCGGCUUACUGAACAGUACGUUGAUCAUGUUUUUCAUCAAAUUGCACUGCAGUUAUGAUCAGCAAGGCCGUAUGCGGUUUUUUGGAAGACUGAUGGCUUACGUUCCAUUUGCACCACCCCCGACACUGGAAUUCAUGCAACAAGUAGCUACGUUGGUCCAGGGAGUGACACUGGCAAGGUCGUGCUUGUAUCCCUUCUUACAUUACUGCAAAGGUGGUCAGCGACUGCUAGAACGCGUGCGCAAUUUUGAAUGGCAUCUCACGCCUGUAGAGGCUGGCAUUGUGCGUCACUUUGAGCCACCUGCCGAUUGGAAAGAAGGCAUUUCCACCAACACGGCAGAACUCCACUGGAUGAUUGACCUCAUACACACAGUGAACAAGGACAAUGCGCACGAUACUUUGGUUGUUCUCUUGAAACUGAAUUCACUGUUCCAACUAGCCAUAGACCAAAUGAUCUACCACCUGUACCGCAUCCCACAAGCACUUCAACUCGAAAUAGAACACGAUCUCAAACUAGACAAUCUUCGCCAAGAAUGGCCCAACUUUAGCCUACACAUACCAAGCGAAGCGGAGGGCACAGCAAACAUAUUAGAAUGGUAUCAGUCAAUACUGUCAAGGGCUAAAUCGUUUAUUGAUUUCUCAAAUAAAUAA